AUGAAAUACACACUGUUUGUGCCAUGGACACAGGAAGAUGCAGGGCUGCAAGGCAAGACUGGCAAGAGGAAAGGUCCAAAUGCUCUAGAAUUGCUGCUGCUUGAAGAGCAGGAAGGACGGCAUGAAGAAGAGCACAACAAGACGGCCGGACAACAUCCAAUGACGAACCUGCAAACAAUGUUCCUGGUUCGGCGAUUUGCGAGGAGAAGGAAGAACAACACAAAGAGCAAGAAGGACAAACCAAGGAAGAGCAAGAAGGACAACACGAAGAGCAAGAACAAGCAGAGGAGGACGACGACACAUGGGAGGGCUGUGCCGGGGGCACGAUGCACCGCAGCUAUUGACUUUGGCACAACCAACAGCGGAGCCGCGUACAAGCUCGCACAGGCAAGCGACAACGACGUCACGGCGCUGCAGUUUCCUGGUGAAAGCAACAUCAAAGUGCCGACGAGCGUUGUUGUUGAGCGACAGGCGCCGCACAACGCUGUUGGGUUUGGGCCUUCAGCGACAAGCCGAUAUGAGGAAGGGCUGCACGCAAUCUUCCACCGCUUCAAGAUGCAGCUGUACAAGAACUCCCGCGCCAAGACGCUGAAGGCGGACGUGGGCGACCUGGAGCUGCCGACGGACUUGGUGAUUGCACGCUGCCUGGGGCUGCUCAAGGACAUGGUGCUGCAGCAGAUCAAGGACCGCAACGCACUCACGCUGAGCGCGUAUGAGGUGCAGUGGGUGCUGACGGUGCCUGCCAUCUGGGUGGAGUCGUCCAAGGCGCUGAUGCGGCGUGCGGCAUUCAAGGCCGGGCUGAUUGACACGGAGACCUCUGACCGGCUGCUGCUUGCGCUUGAGCCGGAGUGUGCUGCGCUGGACUGCCACGAGACGCUUGCUGCGGACCUGCUGAAGAAAAAGACCCGCUUUGUGGUGGUGGACUGUGGCGGGGGCACUGUGGACACGGCCGCGUUUGAGGUGAUGCAGCCGAAGCCGAACGUGCGGCUUGAGGCGGCGCUGCCACCGCGUGGCGGCAACUGGGGUUCCACCCGCAUUGACGAGAAGUUUCUGGAGUUCCUGCGCGAGCUGCUGGACAACCCGCCGUGCCUGCGCGCAAACACGUUUGCGGUGUUUGACAUGCUGACGAGCGUGUGGGAGGACCGCAAGGUGAACUUUGACGUGUCACGGCUGAGCGACCCCGACGCCAGGCUGCGCAUCAACCUCAACCCUGUGCUUCAAGAGAUGGACAGGCCACCCAAGCUGGUCGAUGCCGUGGCCCGGUACAACAGGAAGCACCCAGGCGCGAACCUCAAGUGCUUUGGUGCUGCAAGCCUGAAGCUGACCGCUGCGCACAUGAAGACGUUCUACGACGAGGUGCUGAAUGACAUCAAGACGCACGUGCGUGAGCUGCUGCGCGACAUGGGGCGGACGGACUAUGUUGUGCUUGUUGGCGGGUUUGGGGGUAGCAGCUUUGUGCGAGAUGCUGUGCGGGAGGUUGCAUCGGAAUCGGGUGUGCAGGUGCUGAUCCCACCCCGGCCUUGGGCCUCCAUUGUCAUGGGCGCCGUCAGGUUCGGUCUUUCCCGGGCUGGCUCGUGCGACCGUCAUGGUGCUGAACCUGCGCUCGUGAUUGUUCGGCGAUCACCUCUCACGUACGGCUUUGGCACGACCAAGAACGUCACAUCGUUCAAGGCUGAUCACCCUGGUGUAUCGUACGAUGGCCGGACUGAGUUCAAUCGAGACGCAGGUCAAGAUCAGGUCUUGGACGUGUUCAGUACAUUUGUGAAAGUGAAUGACCAAGUGCCUGUUGACCGCGAAGUCAAGCACACCGUGUACCCUCUCCGCCAUUCACAGACCAGUGUGCGAGUUGACCUGGUGUCCUGUCCCCGAAGUAACGUUGUGUUUACCGAUGAGCAUGAUGUGGAACAGCAUGGCUCGUGCGUCGUCGCCGUGACGGAGCGGGGCAACCGGUCCGAGAAACCAAUUGAUGUGAGCAUGAAGUUUGGAGAGACGGAGCUGAUGAUGUUCGUUCAUUCGCGCACAACUGGUGCCAAGGAGCGUGUGCUACUUGACUUUGACGCCACUGCUUGA